AUGUCUCGUGAGAUCGUACUGCUUUAUCAUGAUGUAGUCCUCUACAAAGAUGAUUUCGAGUUAUUAAAAGACCAUCAAUGGCUCAACGACACUUGCAUCGAAUUUUAUAUGGAAUAUCUAGAAAAGACAAAAUUAACAUCGCAAAAGGAUGAGCAGGAGAAUCGAUUAACAAUAUUUUUGUUGAAACCCGGUCUCACAUACUUGAUCUCAAAUAUUCAAGACGCACAGUUCUUGGCAUCUGCUAUUCCUCGAGAAAUCUAUAUGGCUGAUAUUAUUUUUUUGCCGAUAAACAAUAAUCAAAAUCCCACUCGUGCAGGUGGUGGAACCCACUGGUCAUUAGUUGUCUAUUUGAAAGCACAACAGCAGUUCUUGCAUUAUGAUAGUGCACAUGAAUUUAAUACUGUUGCCGCUCAUGUGACUGUAGAGAGAAUCGCAGCUUUGCUUGACGUUAAAGAAAUUAGAUUCUUACAAAUGCUUACGCCACAGCAGGAUAAUGGAACAGAUUGCGGCGUAUUCGUAAUUGCGAUAAUUGAUCACCUGGUAAAUCGAAUCCUUACAAAGUCUGCAGGAGCAGCAAAUUUCGUCAUGGAUGAGAUGCAAAUAUCAUCAGCGAAUGACAUCACUUCGCCCGGAGAAAUGCGACUACGACUCCAACAACUUGUUGAGCAGCUGCGCGUGGCCAGUUAG